GGUCCCGGACUGCCGAUCUCUGAUAGCUAUAAAUGUAGUCUGAUUCUGGAGCGCAGGCAGAGAUCACCCUUUACACACGCUGAAUAUUAGCUGCCACUAUGAGGCUACUUGUGGUACUCGUCCUUGCAGUUCUCACUGGUUGCCAAGCCAAAGAGCCACAUCUGGAGGAUGUGGCCAGUGCAUUCUGGGAUUAUGUUGCAAAGGCAACACACACUGCAAAGGACACUCUGCAGAUGAUCAGAGAGUCUCAGCUGGGCCAGGAAGUCAAUGACAGGAUCACAGGGAGUGCAGAUGUUGCCAGUCAGUACACCAUGGCUCUGCACAGUCAGCUAAAACCAGUGGCCCAGGACAUGUUGACCAAAAUGCUGAAAGAAGCAGAGGUACUGAAAGACUCUUUGAUGAGUGACAUAAACACAGCCAAGGUUACGCUGGAACCCUAUGCUGAGGAGCUGAGGGCCAAAAUCCAGCAGCAGGUGGAGCAGCUGAAGCAGGAGGUGGCUCCUUAUGCAGAUUCCCUGGACACCGAAGCCCUGAAGGCCACCCUGCUCCAGAAGAGUGAAGAACUGAAGGUCAGCCUGGAUGAGAGCAUGAAGGAGCUGCAGGCCAAGUUGGGCCCAUACACUGAGGAGCUCCGUGAGAAAGUGGACCAGCGUCUGCAGGAGUUCAAGGACAGCUUGGCUCCGCUGUCUGAGAACAUCCAGAGCCAGAUGGUCCAGAGAGCAAAGAUGGUCCAGCAGAGUCUGGCACCUUAUGCUGAAGACCUGAGGGAGAAGCUGGACCCCUAUGCCCAGGACCUGAAGACCCAGCUGAGCUCACUCUGGGAAUCAUUUACCAAGAAAUAAAAAGAUAUCAUCCUGUCCCUUUCCCUCACAGUUAACUAUAUCAGACACAGCUUUCACAACAUACAUACACAUGUACUUGAUUGCAUUUCUGCAUUGUUAUGCCUUAAAGGACAUUUUCUCAUGUAUUCUAUAUUUCAAGGAGUAUCAAAAAUGCGACUAAUUAAGUGAGACAUGGACAAUUGUAAAAAUACAUUGUCAGGAAUUAAUGUCACUUGAAUAUACAACCCUUUAUUCAUAAAGGAUGACUUCAUUUGUCAAACAUGUAUUUCAAUUUAUUUCACAGAUAUGUAAAUAUUUUUUUUAAUUGUAACCCUCAAUUCUUGGUUUGUCUAAUUUAUUUAAAUAAAUAAUGUUUUCAAAUGGUGA